AGUCGAUUUUUUCAAAACUAGCCGUUACCUGUCGGCGCUCUCUCUCUCUUACUCUCAGCUGCGGAAAUCUAGAAAAGAGGAAUUCUCUCUCUCAGGCGCUUGAUUUUUCGUCCCGAAUCCAAUCUUGAAUCCAUACCUCACGAAAACCUGAAAAAUAAAAUAGACAAUGUUUACUGAAGGCUUGGACGAAAGCGCCAUCAGCUGGAUCAAACAGGGAUCAGAUGCAAAUCAUCAGCCUCGAUCUCCUUUAGCCGAGAGAUUGCCUCUAGAUUCCACUUUGGAGCCGCCUUCGUUGUACGACAGCAAGAACUAUCUAUCUCCACGAGUUUUGCCUCCACUGAAAUUCUACUCUAGCUUGCUUAGACCCAACAAUGGUGUGAAUGUUGGUUUUGAGGAUGAUGAUGAGAGUGUGGCAUCGGCUCCAGAUGAUGUCGAUGCCAAUUACUCAGAUGCUUUUGAGGAGGAAGCUUUUGGGUCUAGCGAUUCUGAUUUGUUCGAGAAGCCGAACAUGCGUAACUACGAUGAAGAACUGUUUGGAGUUAAAUCUAGUGCAAACUACAGACAUAAGUCUUCUCUGAUUAGAGAUGUUUCAAAAGAGAACCUUAGGAUUGAAGUGCCAACGAAUGUUAGAAGAUUUACAGAAGGCAAUUCAGGUAUCAGGGGACAUGCAGAAAAGCAUUCGGUCUCAAGCGUCAAGCACCAAACUCAAGAGAACAUCAACCUCCAUGAUGCACGUGUCAGAGCUGAGCAUAACCGUAUGGAUGAAGUUAGGUCACAAAAAAUGGCGGACUUGGGAACUCCUAGUGCACCUCCCAUCGUUCAAAUAGGAAGAGAGGAAAGUAGUUUUGAGGUAGAUGAUAAACAAUGGACAGCUGUGGACAGUGUAGAACAGGUGUGCUCUAACUUGGGAAUGGAGCAAAUAAGAAAUGAGAAGCAUUCACUACAAGAAACUAAAGAGUGCUAUGGCAGUAAGGAAACAUUAUCAGAGAGGGGAACCCAGUCGCAGAGAAGUGAUGAGCCGUGUGCAAGAUCUGUCUCUGGCGAAGCAGAAGUGCAGUUUCCUUACUGGCAAACCAACUCAGCAGAUCAACCAGCAUAUUAUAAUACCAGUGGUCAGAGUGCUUGGCAAACUCUUAUAGCAUAUGAUGCAUGCUUUCGUCUCUGUUUAAAUGCAUGGGCAAGAGACUGCAUGGAGGCACCAGAAUUUCUCCGAGAUGAAUGCCUGGUUCUGCGCAAUGCCUUUGGGUUACAUAAGUACUUAUUGCACCCACGAAAUCAAAUUCCAAGGGAAGCAAGACCAGCUGAUAAUGCGGAUGAGACUUGCACUGUGAAGGCAAAGAAAGUAGUUGGCAAGAUUAAAGUGGAAGUGAAAAAAGUCCGGAUCAUUCCACGACGGAAGCUUCAGAGCACAUAUUCACAGCGAAGUGCAGCAUAUAUGCAAGUCGGUGUAGAAUACGUUCGGCAUGUUUCAACAUUGCUGAAAACAGGCAUCAAUUCAUUAAAAAUCAGCUCACUUGCAGUGACUUCAGAAGAGGCAUUAUCAUGCUUGUGCCAAUUGAAAAGUUCUAGUGAAGAGACAAAGGUGGAGACAGGUUCUGCUAUCUGCUUGCGACCAGGAACUAGCGAUUCUCACGUCUUUUUUCCAGAGAGCCAAGGUGAUGCUCUCUUGGUGGAAGUCCAAGAUACAAAUAGGAUUGCUCAAGGUCGAGCUAUCAUUCAAGUUUCAUCUUUGACAGAUAAUCCAAAUGAUAGAGUUCGAUGGUGGCCAAUCUACCAUGAUGAUCAUGAAUGUGUUGGGAAAGUUCAACUCUCCAUCAUUAGCAGCAGUACCUGUGGUGAAAUAAGCUCUAUUAAGAGUGGACCUGUGGUGGAAACUCUAGCAUAUGAUUUGCUAUUGGAGGCUGCUAUGCGUUCUCAACAUUUCCAUCCACGGAACUUGCGGUUGCAUGGACCAUGGAAGUGGUUGUUGAUGGAAUUUGCAGACUACUAUGGAGUGUCUGAUGCGUACACUAAGCUGAGGUAUCUUUCAUCUGUAAUGAAUGUGGCUACGCCCACAAAGGACUGUUUGGAGCUUGUUUAUGAGCUGCUCAUACCUGUGGUGAAGGCUCGGGAUGAAAAGAAUCUCACGAGGCAAGAGAGAAGCAUAUUAUUAGACUGUGAAACUCAAGUCGAGAAUCUGUUGGCAAAUGCGUUUGAGAACUGCAAAUCCUUGGAUGAGCUUUCUGCUACGGGCCUGAUAGACUUGUUUGGUCCACCUCCUGAGUCUGCUGCACCAGCUUUAGUUCCAGCCGUGCAAGUAUACACCCUUCUCCAUGAUAUUCUUUCUCAAGAAGCACAAACAAUAUUGAGAAAUUAUUUGCAGACAGCAGCAAUGAAGAGGUGUAGGAGGCAUAUGAUAGAGACGGAUGAGUUCAUGUCAAGCAACAGUGAGUGUUUUCUAACGGACCCAAUGACCAUAUCCACGGCAUAUCUCAAGAUGAAGACCUUGUGCAUAAACAUAGGCAAUGAAAUCCAGGCAGAUAUCAAGAUUCAUAAUCAGCAUAUACUUCCCAGUUCAAUAGAUCUACCAAACAUAGCCGCUGCUGUUUACAGCACUGAAUUGUGCAACAGACUCAGAGGCUUUCUUGCAGCUUGCCCUCCAUCUAGCCCUGCGCCUCAUGUAACGGAUCUGUUGAUUGCAGCUGCUGACUUCGAGAGGGAUCUUCAGUCAUGGCAUAUUAGAUCGGUGCAUGGAGGAGUAGAUUCAAGGAAUCUGUUCCAUCAUUACAUAAUGGUUUGGGUUGAAGAUAAGCGACUUUACUUGCUAGAUCUUUGCAAGGCAGAGAAGGCACCGUGGUCGGGAAUAACAACACAUCAUUCCACCUCACCGUUUGUGGAAGACAUGUACGAUAAAAUCAAGGAUACCCUCAGUGAAUAUGAAGUAGUAAUCAAUCGAUGGCCUCAAUAUUCUCUGGUUUUGGAAAAUGCUAUUGCUGAUGUAGAGCGGGCGGUCAUAAAAGCAAUGGAGAAACAAUAUAGUGAGAUUUUGACGCCUUUGAAAGAUAGCAUCCCAAAAAAGCUCGGAAUGCAAGUGCAGAAACUUACAAGAAGGCAGUCUGCAUCACUUUAUCAUGUUCCCAAUCAAUUGGGGACAUUCCUGAACACCGUCAAAAGAAUACUCGAUAUUUUGCAUUGUAGAGUAGAGGAUAUUUUGAAAUCAUGGGCAUCAUGUUUGCCUGUUGUUGGAGAUAGAAAGUCAGUUUUCGGAGAGCAGCUGAAUGGAGUUACAGUAAUGCUGCGAACGAAGUACAAGAACUACAUGCAAGCCACUGUGGAGAAGCUUGUUAACAAUACACAAGCUAAUCGAAGUACAAGACUGAAAAGAAUUCUUGAGGAAACAGAAGAGGUAGAUGGUGAAGCUGAGAUCCGUGAGAGGAUGCAAAUGCUAAGUUCGCAGCUCAUGGAGUCCAUAUGCAACUUGCACGACGUGUUUUCCGGCCACAUUUUUGUGGCUGCUUGUCGUGGAUUCUGGGACAGAAUGGGGCAGAUUGUGCUGAGCUUUCUCGAGAGUAGGAAAGAAAACAGAAUCUGGUACAAGGGCUCAUAUUAUGCACUGGGAGUUUUGGACGAUACUUUCGCUUCCCAGAUGCAAAGAUUCCAAGGAAAUGCUCUGCAAGAGAAAGAUCUCGACCCUCCUCGUUCGGUUAUUGAAGCUAGAUCUAUUCUGUGUAGAGACGCACCAAAUUCGACAGAACCGUCAACUUACUUCUACUACUAGUGGCUGUUGAAUUCAACGGAACUGUAUAUUGUUGUCUCCAUGAGCCUUUUGAUCAACCACACCAUGCAUUGUUCUUGUGUGGAUCCGAAUUCUUGAAUACAAGUACAAUAGCAAUAUUCUUUUUGUAUAUUUGUUUUACAUAUUUGCGAUUAUUAAUGGUAUUGUAUCCAUAACUGUUCUGUACCAAUAAAAGAAGUAAGCUUUCAGUGGAUUGUUCU